GUCUUCUCCAUUUCGAGUUUGUUGAUCAGCCUAGUUGGAAUUGUAUCUGAAAUUGCGCUGAAGGAAAUUCGGCGAAUUAGGUUCUCUGCAAGAUUGUGUCUGUGCAGUUAUGGAUGGGAAUAAGGACGAGGCUUUAAGAUGUAUUCACAUAGCGGAAGCAGCAAUUGCGUCGGGCAAUAAAGCGCGAGCACUUAGAUUUAUUAAAAUUGCUCGGCGCCUUAAUCGGAGCUUGCAAGUUGAUGAGCUUUUGAAGGCGUGCGAGGAGGUCGACUCAGGAUCACCUACAUCUUCCUCCGAUGAAAAACGCGCGGGAAAAGUUGAGAGUGUACCUGGUUCGGCGAAACAUGUCGAAGGUUUGAAUGGGGAACGUAAUUACACUACAGAACAUGUUCGAUUGAUUAGGCAGAUUAAUACAACCAAGGACUAUUACAGAAUUCUUGGUGUUGAGAAAACUAGUUCGGCGGAAGAGAUUAAGAGGGCUUAUAAGAAACUGUCGUUGAAAGUUCACCCUGAUAAGAACAAGGCUCCUGGUUCAGAUGAAGCAUUCAAGAAAUUAUCCAAGGCUUUCAUGUGUUUGAGUGAUGAUACUUCGAGGAGGCAAUAUGACCACACGGAUUUGGUUGAUCAAUACGAGUACAAUCAACAGCAUAAUGUUAGGCAGAGGAGAAGGAGAACGGGUCAUGAUUUGUUUGAAGAAAAUUUUGAUCCUGAAGAAAUAUUCAGGGCAUUCUUUGGUCAAGGAAACAUGUUUCAUUCAAGUAGUCGUGCUUAUACGUAUAGAACUGGAGGUGGGGGCAGCCAACAGAGGGCAGAGUCUAAUGGGGGAGGUCCCAACUUGUUGAUUCUUCUUCUAAUGUUACCAUUCUUGUUAAUUUUCUUGUUGGCUUAUCUUCCCUUUCCAGAGCCCGACUAUUCUUUGCAUACAAAUUUAUCCUAUACUAUUCCAAUGGCAACUGAGAAACAUGGAGUGGAGUUUUAUGUCAAAUCAUCAGAUUUUGAUGUAAAAUAUCCUCCUGGAAGCCUAGCUCGGGCUGAAAUAGAGAAUACUGUGUUGAGGGAUUACAAAAGCAUGGUUUGGCGUUAUUGUCAUAUAGAACUCCAGAGACGCCAGUGGAACAAAAAUCUCCCAACUCCUCAUUGUGAGAAGAUGAAUAAAGAACGCUCAUGGCUGGAACACAAGGGCUAUGUCCUGAAGACUUCUCGGGGUUGAGCUUUUCAUUCAGGGAGACUAAUCAUCGGCGCUGAAUACUCAUUAUAUCAUUGCUACGAAAAAUCUGUCAAUUGGGAAGGCUAGAUCAUUCUCGACAAAGAUGACCCCAUGAAAGGUGAUUCAGGAAUGUUUCAUAUUUUAUCAAAAACCAAUUUUCAUUUCCAAGCACAAGUGAUGUAGCGUCAUAUCAUGUAAUAUGAAUUAGUAGUUAUUUGUAAUUUUAUUUUAGUUUGUUGUUGGUUAAUUGGUUUUCCUCUAUAAAUAGAGGGUAAAUCUCUUGUUUAGAUACUUUACAAGGUUCCUUAAAGAAUUUUUUAGAGUUUUAGGAUCUUUGUUGCUUGAUUGCAUCACAAAAGCACUGAACUAGAUACUUAGAUGUAAAUUCAUCGGCCUCUUAGAAGUUGGCAAGCAAUUUUAGUGUUCCAUCUAAUACUUGCACCAAAUUUUGACCUAGAAAUUUAUUCCAUCACAGUUUUUGCCUGCCAAACCAGACUAGAUCUGUUUAUUAGCUCUCUGUUCUGACAAGAGUUCAGCUCUCGCUCUAUGUGGAAGAUGCAUAUAAAACUUGAGGGUUGUUUUUAUAACAAGUUUUACGGAAAAUCAAUACAUUGGAUUGGAUAUGAUUCAAAGACCUUUUCCUUUCCUAUUGGGGCCUUACUGGUGUGUGCUUUGUAAAGGUGCCUGGGAAGAUCUUUCAUAUGGUCUUGUCAGAUUUCUUGGGAGAUUUAGGAUUGUUUUUUUGUGUGCUUUGGGAUGUCUUCAGAACAUAACAGGAAAUAUCGAACGAUGAUGGAAGAGGUGUUGUCCCCUUUCCAGGAUAGGGGAAUGUUUCUGUAGCUAGCCUGGGGAAUUUGACUUGAGAGAAAUAAUAAUCUCUUCCGGGGUGGAGAGAUCUAGUGAGGUUGUUUGUGAGCUUAUUGAAUUGAAUCUCUAUGAAAAUUGAUUUCUAAGUUCUUUUGUAAAUUAUUAGUUAAGCUU